AUGCAGCCAAAGCCAACCAUGGCCGCCGCGCCCCAGAUCCGCCCCGCCAUCCGCCACCGCGGCCUCCUCUUCGCAACGGCCGCCGUCGCCGCCCUCGCCGUCAGCUUCCGGUACACUGCCGCCUCGAGGCGGACGAACGAGCAGAACCAGCGCUCCAGCAACCCCCAUUAUGUGAGCGUCGACCGGAGCGGAGGCGGCAUUUAG